CAAAAUCGUUAUGGUGGUUGCACGGAUACGCAGUGGCAAAAAGCAAUUGAAUUUUUCCGACGCCCAGAAAUUACGGUAUUAAUUUCUUGCUAAACUUAACUAUCUUAAUUAAAUAUAUUACUAACGAUAACUUUUUGCAGAAACGUUCUGUGGUCAACAAGGAAAAUAGAAGGAAACUGAAAGAGCUUAGCUAUGGAGGUUCUCAGUCAAUCCCAGCCCUGCGCUAUAAAAAAGUUAGUUAAUUAAUUAUUUUUUAGUUUAUUUUUCUUAUUUACGUUUAAUUAUUAAUUUUAUAAAAAUAUAUGUACGUGACAGCGCAAUUUAGAGACUGGGCAACUUGAGUCCAUCCCGGAUAGCUGGAUGGAUACUCACCAUAAAUCAGGCACAGGGUGGGUGACAGAGACAGCCAAAAAUACUUGGGAGGAAUUGCGUGCAUACCGCGACACACAGCAGACACAGGCAACUGAUACUGAGAGUUCCACACCAGUUUCGAGUGCGCCUGAAGAUGAAGACAUAUCUUUGGUACAAACUGUCUUCGGAAAACGACGGGGCCACCAGAAAGGAUAUGGACGUAUCCUUAACAUAAGGGACCGAACUCCAUUUGAUUUUCGUCAUUCACAAACUAGAGAUGAAGAGUUGUCUGAGAUGAGAGAGCGUCUUCGACAGUUAGAGGAGCAUGUCCGGACUCAUUGUAUCACCCCGGGAUCUCAAUCUGCCCCACCACCACCCAAUGAUCCCGAUGUUGGAGCACCGACUCAGUAGGACUUAUGUAUGAAUUUUAUUACAAUUGACUAUUACAU